GAGGCGCUGGGUUUUGAUGGCGGCGUGUCUGAGGUCCCUGAAGCUGGGGCUGCCACCCAGGGUGGCAGGGGGCGGUGGCAGGGCGGCAGUAGAGGGGGGAAAUGUAGGGGCAGCCAGAGUCUCCAGGCUUCCUCAGGGGUGUGUUCAGAGUGCCCCAUCAACACCGAUCCACCUGAGCAGCACUGCAAGUGUGUUGGCACAGCAACAGCAGCAGCUUCAACAGCAGGACUCGUGCACAGGAUCCACUCCUGACCUCUCCUCGUCGAACACCUCAGCUGCCCUUCUACAUGAGUCCCACUUGCUGCAUCUCAAGCAGGCCGAAGACGUCAGCAGUGACCUGUUGGAGAGGCUUAGUGCCACUGGACCACACUUUCACUGCUUCGACCCCCUCGGCAGCUUCCCGGCACACCACACCUGUCACCAGGGUCAGGAUUACGUCUCAGGAAGACUGGUGUGCCGCGACACAAACACCAGCGUCAGAACAUUCCGUCUACCAGCUGAUGCCCUGUGGUACCCCCGGGGCACGUACCACCGGGGCAGUGACAUCCUGUACUCUGUGUCAUACAGUGAAAUCGAGAGCCAGGUCUUGGAUACAGUGUCACUGUCUUGCCCCGGGUACAGUGAAGAGUCAGUCUCUGUAAACAGUGGCUGUAGUGAGGCAUUUACUACUUAUGACAGCAGUAAAGAAACAUUCUCCUGUGGCAAUGACACCUCUUCGGAGGCACCCAUGAGGGAAAGUGCUACUUGCGACAUGUCAGUGUUCAUCAAGAGUGUGUCUGAGGGUGAGUCUAGCAUGCAGUGCCAUGUGUCAUCAGGGCAGAGUGGCGCGACACACAAGGCGGACCCCACUGGCAAGCCAAGUGCCGAGCAUCUGACACAUGUAUUUGACGUUCUAGCAGAGACGUUGCCGAGGUUGUUCAUUCAGCCGCUGAACUAUACCAUAUACUCACAGAACAUCGUUUUUGAGAACAGAAUCAGAGGUGUUAAGACAGUUGGUUUAGUGGCGUACGUGAAGCAAGUGGCACUCUUGAGGACGGUGGGGCACUUAAAGUUUGCCCAUGUGAAGUUUGAGAUUUUGAAGAUUACCAAACAUCCUGAAGAUGGCACUGUGAGAGUCCGCUGGCGCAUCACCGGACUCUCUGGACUCAAGGCAAUGGUGCAGUUCUGGAAGCUGAAGCUGUGGAACUGGAAGGGUAUUCAGGAACAAAUGGACAGUUGGUACGAUGGGUUCUCCACCUUCUAUGUUGGUGCUGAUGGUCUGGUAUACAGGCAUGUUGCUGACAGUAUGAUGCCAGACGAGGAGCUGCACGUGGCAGAGAAAGGUCCCCUGGCGGCCAAGAUGGCCGCUCUCCUUGGCCUGGCACAUCGACCAAACCUUUAUGACACCAACAACAUGCUCUUCAGUCUGGACUCACUGUCAUUGCUGCAGCAGCAAGACGAACAGACUUACACCAACCUUAUGCUUCCCCUGGAGAAGAUUCACUGAGUCCCAUUCCUCGUUUAAUUUUCCUGUGGAACACUAACAUGAGGUUAUAAUUAGAAAAGAUUCAUAGAUUUGCAGCACUGGAGAAGUUAUACCAAUCUUUUAUUUUUUCCUACAGAAGACUAUUAUGUGAUCAUGUCUGUAGAAAAGACUCGGAAAGGCUAUCCCACACCUCUAGUAUUUCUUCCUGUGUAAGACUGUUAUGCAAUCAUAUCUGUAGAAAAGACUCGUAAGUUGCAACAUUGCAGAAAGCAUCCUGCUCAUCUUUCAUUUCUUCCUAUGUAAGACUAGCAUGUGAUAAAGUCAGUCAUGUUACAAACGCACUUACAUAAAUACACUUACAUAAUUGGUCGCAUUCGGAGGUAAUCGUUAUGCGGGGGUCCACUGUACAUCCAAAAUUGAUUAAUGUGAACUUUGAAAGCCUUUAUUCCCGUACUAUUUAAUUUUGAGAGAACCUUUUUUUUUUUAUAACAUUUCUAAAAGUAAUGGCAGUAUAUAGAGGUUUAUAAGAGCACUGAUUGUUUAUAGAGGAGCUUUAUAAGAGAACUGACUGUAUAUAAAGAGCUUUGUAAAAGCUGUAUAUAGAGGAGUGACUAUAUAAAAUAGCUGUAUAAGAGUGCUGACUGUGCUCUGUAUUAUUCACAAAGUUGAGAUGGAGCUUAAACUUUGUUUUGGAUGUCAAUCAAAUCUUAUGUCACUUAAAAACAGUUCUCGACCAAGACCUGAAGGUUGGUCCAGAACCGACACCUCGUCUAAAACCUCAACUUCCAGGCUGGGAGUCAGUUAUGAAUUGUUGCAGCCACAUUAUUGUGAUAUAUUCUUCCCAUAGUCUUCAUUAGAAGUGAAAGUAACUCAUGAAAAAAGAAUCGUUGUAUAUAUUAAUAUAUAUAUAAUAUAUAUAUAUAUAUAUAUAUAUAUAUAUAUACAUACAGUGGAACCUCAAAUAUUGAACUGCUCCCAGCUCAACCAAUUAUGUAAGUGUUUUUUAUAAGUGUAUUUUUGAGGGUCUGAAAUGAACUAAUUUAAUUUACAUUACUCCUGAUGAGAAUAAAUUCGUUCGGUAACAGCACUCGAACAGUCGUCUGGCACGAAGGAAGUUCGAUAUUUGAGGUUCCACUGUAUAUAUAUAAUCUAAAAAAAAAUCAAAGUUUAGAUAGAAGGAAGCAUAAUGUGAUGUUCGUUGUACAUGUCCUUUAACCUUAUAUAUUGUUGGUGCAUGAAAUCGUAACGAUUGCAAAAAAUCUGGGAACAGAUGGGAAUUGAACCCACAGCAAGUCGUAAAACUCGCAGGCUAACAUGUUAACAGCUUGACCAGCUGACUCGAAUGAGAUUCAUACAACUAACCAUACUUCUACACUUCAUAGGAAGGAUAGCAUGAGCCACACACACUGACCGUGUGACAGCAAAUACCAGUUUUUACGAACAAAUUCCACACCAGCACGUGUUGCAACUGUCUCAAAGCCGGUCACAGUGGGGGCCCAUGCUAACCUUAUGGUGUAUAAAAUAUAGCUAGCUGCCCAAGUGGUUAGCACACUUGCCUGCCAGGUUUACCACCCACCUGACAGAGGUUCAAGUCCCACCCAUUCAAUUAUUUAUUUUGUUAGUAAUUCUACAAAUGUCAAAAAAAAAAAAAAAAAAAAAAAAAAAGCUUAAAGGUGUAGGUCGAUCUAUAUCACUUUGGCAAGUGAUAUAGAUCAACCUUUGUAAAUACACUCAGGCUCGCCUUUGCAAAGAAAAAGCUCAUUGGAGGGCAUUGUGCUGUGUGUGUGUGUAGAGCAUUUGGUGAUGACAUGACAGAGCUCUGUAAAGCUUUUAUUUACACUUUUUGCCCUGUAGAGCUUUAUUAUAAAACUCGAUGCUUCUUUGAAUUAAAUCUAGGAAUGUAGAGCUUCAUUAUAAAGCUCUAAACAGCUCUGAAUUAGAUAUUUCUCUGAUGAGCUUCAUUAUAAAGCUCCAAACAGGUUUUAAUUAUUUAGCCUUGAAGAGCUUCAUUAUGAUAAAGCUCCAUGCUGAGCAUGAUGAUGUACCAGUAAGAGCUUGUUCACCAGUACAAUGAGCGUGUAUCAACCUUUUUGUUCAGUAUUGUUCAUAAUGUGAUUGGUGCCAGGCACAGUACAGUGACAGAUUAUUUUUGUAUCCAAUGAUGUAAUUAUCUUUAAUUUCUUCUGUGAUAAUGCAGUGGAGCACCGGACCAGUUCUUAGGAGCGCCGGACCAGUUCUUAGGAGUGCCGGACCAGUUCUUAGGAGCGCCGGACCAGUUCUUAGGAGCGCCGGACCAGUUCUUAGGAGCACCGGACCAGUUCUUAGGAGCACCGGACCAGUUCUUAGGAGUGCCGGACCAGUUCUUAAGACCUUGGCAUUGUAAGUUCGAGGCUUGAUCGUUCCACUGAAUUUGUUCAUUGAUAAUGUUCAGCACAUUUAUGUUCUUUGUCCUGCAAAAAAAUGUUUAUUGGGAGACAAUAAAAGACUAUUGAACAUGU